CACACGUUUCAAAACAGCUGACUUAAUAAAAACAUUCAGAUUUGUGUGUGCGUAAAAAUUGUUUACGCUGAAGCCGCCGAGUCUGUUCUUUGUCGUGUAGUUUAAAUAUUAAAUAAAUUUAAUGAAAAUAGCCAAGUUUACUAAUAAUUAUAUUCGGUUAUUUGCUCAUAGAAAUAAAGCUAUUUUCACGAGUUAUAAACCGGUAACGAAACUAUCGUGUUCCUUAUUUUACCAAUAUCAAAACGUUACGAAUUAUUUUGCAAUGUUCAAUACGAAAUUAUUCCGACAUGCCCAAACGCAACAUGGUGACGACACUGUUGACAUAGACAAUAUCGUACUGUGCAAGGCUACUGUAUUUGCACUUCCAGGUGAAAACAGUUUUGAGGACAACACACUUGAAAAUGCGGAUCGUAGCGCGAGUGAUAAUGAAUCGGAAAAUCUAAAUACGGAUAAUAACGUGGUAUCUGAUGCGGAUAAUGUCAUAAAAUCGGAAUCGCCACAAUGUGUCUGGUUUUUUGAAGUUGAAGAUGUAAAUGUCUACAAUUCUAAGGUAGGAUUUUAUAUUUAUAAUUCUAAGCAGGAUUUAACAAUUUACCCUGUAGGAAAUGGAACUAGUAUUUUACUGGUACUAGUUUUUUAUUUUGUUAUAAUUUCAUAUCUAGUCACCUGUCGCCUCAAAUAA